GUCCAAUCGAGUUCUUAUAUAGGCGGGUUUACAAGCGGAAGUUGCACGUUUUUUGUGUUCUGUGGUUUCCUAUUGAAGUGUGUAGUCGGCUGAAGCGCGUUUAUUAAUUAAUCAUGGCGAGCCAGGAGAUGCGGUUGAAUCACACUAUUUACAUCAACAACUUGAAUGAAAAGAUUAAAAAAGAUGAACUGAAGAAGUCGUUGUAUGCUAUAUUCUCCCAGUUUGGACAAAUUCUGGACAUCCUCGUUUCUCCUACAUUAAAAAUGAGGGGUCAGGCAUUUGUGAUCUUCAAGGAAAUCAACAGUGCUUCCAACGCACUCCGCUCUAUGCAAGGCUUCCCUUUUUAUGACAAACCUAUGCGUAUUCAGUAUGCAAAACAGGACUCUGAUAUCAUUGCGAAAAUGAAGGGCACAUAUGUGGAGCGAGACCGUAAGAAGGAAAAGAAGAAGCCUAAAGCCCCUGAAGCAGGCGCUGGGAAAAAGGCUUCUGCUGCCACAGCUGCUAUGGCCGGAGUACCUGCAGCCAUGCCUGGAAUGCCACCCAUGAGCCAAGCCCCCCGCAUGAUGCCAAUGCCUGGCCAGCCUCCCUACAUGCCUCCGCCUGGUAUGAUGCCACCUCCUGGCAUGGCACCUGGGCAGAUGCCUCCAGGUGCUAUGCCUCCAGGUCAGAUGAUGCCAGGACAAAUGCCUGGCCAGAUGCCACAGCAGGUGUCCGAAAACCCUCCCAACCACAUCCUGUUUCUCACCAAUCUCCCAGAGGAGACGAACGAGCUCAUGCUGUCUAUGCUGUUCAACCAGUUUCCUGGAUUCAAAGAAGUCCGUCUCGUCCCUGGUCGUCACGACAUCGCUUUUGUGGAGUUUGAUAAUGAGGUGCAGGCGGGCGCAGCCAGAGAAGCUUUGCAAGGCUUUAAGAUCACACAGAGCAAUGCAAUGAAAAUCUCAUUUGCAAAGAAAUAACAGUCUCAUACAUGCAGCUUCUAAGACACAUGGCAGUUAUAAAACACAACUGACACAACUGAGCCCCCCCUGGAACAGUUCAGGCUGUUGUUUAAUGGCUGAAUAGAUUACAUGCACGCCAUUUAAAAGAAAAAGUCCAGAGAUGAAAUGUAAUUCUUUUUUAUUUGAUGUGACUUGCCUAGCUGUGCCCAAUAGAUUUGUACUGCACAAUGCAAGGUAAGGAGUGAAAUGGAAAUGUUUACCCCUCCCACACCCUACUUCAUCUUUGAACCUUUAUUUCCUCUUCUGAGAUGAUCGACCUUGGUGAGUUUGUAAGUAUGCAGGGCCCCCCACCCCCCACCCCUCUUCUUUUUAAAUUCCAAUUAUGUCUUCAAAAGCAUUGCACCCAGAGUCUGGUUCCCAGACAUUGUACCUGGAGCUUUGUUGUUUUAUUAAAUCUCAGUGUUUUACAUGUU